CCCUGUAAAAAAAAAAAAAAAAAAAAUAGAGAGGGAGAGAGAGAGAGGAAAAGAGAGAGAGAGGGCCGGCGAGCGCGCGAGGCAGAGCGAGCCACGCAAUCUGCCCGGGCAGUUUCUGCUCUCCUGGUCGCACGCCUCCUCCUCCCCUCUGCUCCUUGCUACCCAGGUGGCCCAGGAAAGGCUCAGUCUUGGAGCCGCCGAGGAGCCCCGGGUGCACAGGAGCCUCACUUGCAAAAUUCUAGCCAGUCCUCGGCCCCCUUUUACAAUUUGGUCCUUUUUUGUCCUCCCGUACCUAAUUUUGGGAAUUUUUUUUCCUUCCUCUUCUCUUUGCUAAACUACCCCGCAAAGAUUUAUUAAAAAAAAAAAAAAAAUCUCACUUGCUCACCUUUCCUUCCCAGCUUUCCCAUUCCCCCACUGAAAACAAAUCCUUAAACGACCCCCGCCCCUCCGACGGCAGGAGCACCUGCGGAGCCUCGGAGCCCCCGACCGCCCUCUCUCUCCGCGCGCGGGUUCCGGGCCCGGCGAGAGGGCGCGAGCGCAGCCGGGGCCAUGGAGGUGACGGCGGACCAGCCGCGCUGGGUGAGCCAUCACCACCCCGCGGUCCUCAACGGGCAGCACCCGGACACUCACCACCCGGGCCUCGGCCACUCCUACAUGGACCCGGCGCAGUACCCUCUGCCCGAGGAGGUGGAUGUACUUUUUAACAUCGACGGUCAAGGCAACCACGUCCCGUCCUACUACGGAAACUCGGUGAGGGCCACGGUGCAGAGGUACCCUCCGACCCACCACGGGAGCCAGGUGUGCCGGCCACCUCUGCUGCACGGAUCCCUGCCCUGGCUGGACGGUGGCAAGGCCCUGGGCAGCCAUCACACCGCUUCGCCCUGGAACCUCAGCCCCUUCUCCAAGACGUCCAUCCACCACGGCUCCCCGGGGCCCCUGUCGGUCUACCCGCCAGCCUCAUCCUCCUCCCUGUCGGCGGGGCACUCCAGCCCGCACCUCUUCACCUUCCCACCCACCCCGCCGAAGGACGUCUCCCCAGACCCAUCCCUGUCCACCCCGGGCUCGGCCGGCUCGGGCCGCCAGGACGAGAAGGAGUGCAUCAAGUACCAGGUGCCGCUGCCCGACGGCAUGAAGCUGGAGUCGGCGCACCCCCGCGGCAGCAUGGCUACCCUGGGAGGGGCGGCGGCCUCGGCCCACCACCCCAUCACCACCUACCCGCCCUACGUCCCUGAGUACAGCUCCGGACUCUUCCCGCCCAGCAGCCUCCUCGGGGGCUCCCCCACUGGCUUCGGAUGCAAGUCGAGGCCCAAGGCGAGAUCCAGCACAGAAGGCCGGGAGUGUGUGAACUGCGGGGCGACAUCCACCCCUCUCUGGCGACGAGACGGAACGGGGCAUUACCUGUGUAAUGCCUGUGGCCUCUACCACAAGAUGAACGGACAGAACCGACCCCUCAUCAAGCCCAAGCGAAGACUGUCGGCAGCAAGAAGGGCAGGUACGUCCUGUGCAAACUGUCAAACCACAACUACGACUCUGUGGAGAAGAAAUGCCAAUGGAGACCCUGUCUGCAAUGCCUGCGGGCUCUACUACAAGCUGCACAAUAUUAACAGACCCCUGACUAUGAAGAAGGAAGGGAUCCAGACCAGAAACCGAAAAAUGUCUAGCAAAUCCAAAAAGUGCAAAAAGGUGCACGAUGCGCUGGAGGACUUCCCCAAGAGCAGCUCGUUCAACCCCGCCGCCCUCUCCAGACACAUGUCUUCGCUCAGUCACAUCUCGCCCUUCAGCCACUCCAGCCACAUGCUCACCACGCCCACGCCGAUGCACCCGCCGUCCAGCCUCUCCUUCGGACCUCACCACCCUUCCAGCAUGGUCACCGCCAUGGGCUAGGGCCCCUGCGUGAGCCGCGCUCACCGGCCUCCCGGCGAGAGUCCCUCCGGCCCCCUUCUACGUGCAUUUUCGCAGGAGCAGUAUCAUGAAACCGAAACCCGAUGGAUCUGUGUUUUUGCAGGCAUCAAGCAACCCAAUGUUGUGGCCACUCGGACAAUGCAGCCUACCGUGGUGUCUGUGUUCUCACUCCCCGAAUCUGGAUCCCAUUUGUGAAUAAGCCAUUCAGACUCACAUUCCCUAUUGAACAGGGUCUCUCUAGUGCUGUGAAAAAAAAAAAAAAAAAGUCACCGAA